AUGCACGUCGAUACCUCCCCAGACCCAAUGCGGAUAUAUCGAGCAAAGCGAGACGCCUCGCAUGUAUACGUGAAGAGCAAGUAUAAUAUCCUUGGAUUUAUUUCUAGUGGAACCUACGGGAGGGUAUACAAAGCUGAAGAUGCCUCUGGUAACCUGCACGCGAUAAAAAAAUUCAAGCCUGACAAGGAGGGAGACGUGGUGACUUACACAGGAAUCAGUCAGAGUGCAAUUAGGGAAAUUGCACUCAAUAGAGAAAUUAGCCAUGAAAACAUUGUUUCGCUGAAAGAGGUCAUUCUGGAGGACAAGUCAAUCUACAUGGUGUUUGACUACGCCGAACAUGAUUUCCUACAACUUAUCCACCACCACUCACAAACUUUGCGCUGUCCAAUUUCAACUGCGGUGCUAAAAUCCCUCACAUAUCAACUCUUAAAUGGCCUAGUCUACCUCCACUCUGCUCAUAUCUUACAUCGGGAUUUAAAACCUGCAAAUAUUCUGAUCACAUCCAACGGUCAAGUCAAAAUCGGUGACCUUGGCCUAGCUCGCCUUUCCGCGCAGCCCUUACAACCACUGUUUGCUGGGGAUAAAGUCGUGGUUACGAUCUGGUACCGUGCUCCAGAAUUGCUGCUGGGCGCAAAGCAUUACAACAACAGUAUUGACUGUUGGGCCGUUGCUUGCGUUCUGGCUGAGUUAGCCAGUUUGAGACCCAUAUUCAAAGGUGAAGAGGCUAAGCUUGAUUCGAAGAAGAAUGUACCUUUUCAAAGAGACCAGUUGCUGAAAAUAUUCGAGGUUUUGGGUAGUCCUACUGAGAAGGACUGGCCUUCCGUGACACACCUACCCGAAUAUCCGUCUCUUAAACGUCUUGAUCCAUAUCCAAAUCGUCUGUACGAUUGGUGUCAAUCACGCCUUCGUUCUCAGGCGGGGUACGACCUGCUCCGGAUGUUGUUUAUUUAUGAUCCAGAUCGACGGCUCAGCGCCAGAGAGGCUCUUGUGCAUCCGUGGUUUCUGGAAGAUCCAUUGCCUAAGGCUAAUGCAUUUGCAUCUGUUGCUUCCAAUCAAAUACCCCCUCACCGUCGAAUAACUCAGGACGAUGCGCCUAGCAUGUCAAUGACCAUUCCGUUACAGCCAGGACAAUCGGGCAAUGCAGGUCAAUUUCUCGUCCUCACCAUUCGUUGCUCAAUGCACUGA